UCCUUCUCUCUCUUUUUAAUUCAGCAUUUCUUUUCUGACAGGAACUGGACUUGACAUGAUAUGCAUUUAAUCACCCAUUCCGCAUGUUUCUCGAGUCUCAUUUCGAUUCGCUAUAUUCGAUUCUCUGUAUAAUCUUUACUCUCAUGUGUUUAUUGUUUUGGCUGCCACCUCUCGAUACCUCUGCAUUGUUCUCCCUCCACUUCGUAUCGAACCCUCUAUAUAACUUAUUUUUUUUUGCUUUUACUUUUCGGCCAUUUUGUUUGGGAUCGAACCUAGGAGGGGUUCAUAUUGACGACUGAUGUGACUUGAUCCAUUCUGUGGGUGUUGCGGCGAUAGGCAUUGAAUGAAUAACAAAGCAUCAGUUGAAUGAUUGAAACAUGUCUACAGGAGGGCGUCUG